CGAAAAUCUCGGGCUGGCGUUGUCUCGGUUGUUUCUUUAGCGGCGCUCGGUUCUGCCAGCGCAGAUUCUGGACGAAAACUAGCGCAGAAUUACCGCACAGUAAAAACAAUGUUAGAGAGGCCGACGUUUCCCACAAUAACCCGGAAUAAAGACGUUUAUCUGUAGAGUUUCUGACUGUGGUGACAUCAGGCUUGGACGGAGGGAUGCCUGUGGAGAGUGGGAGCAGUGCUGCUGCCCGCCAGGCCAAGCAGAAGAGGAAAUCGCACAGCUUGUCCAUCCGCAGGACCAACAGUACCGAGCAGGAUCGCUCUGGCCUGCAGAGAGACAUGGUGGAGGGACAGGACUCCAAACUGCCUCUGUCUCUGAGGAGUAAUCUGCUGGACCUGUUCAGUCAGAUUGAGAGGGAGUUUGAAAACCUCUACAUAGAAAACCUUGAAUUACGCAGAGAAAUCGAAACACUGAAUGACCGUUUGACCGCGGAGGGACAAACAUUCGAAGGGGCCGACUUGGCUAAAGGAGCUCUGAAAACAAAAGCGAGUCAUAGCACCAGUCAGCUGUCUCAAAAGCUGAAGACAACCUACAAGGCUUCAACCAGCAAGAUCGUGUCCAGUUUCAAAGCGACCACGUCCAGAGCGGUUUGCCAGCUGGUCAGGGAGUAUGUCGGCCACAGGGACGGCAUCUGGGACCUCAGCGUCACCAGGACUCAACCAGUGGUGCUUGGAACAGCAUCUGCAGACCACAGUGCGAUGCUGUGGAGCAUCGAGACGGGAAAGUGCCUCCUCAAAUAUAUGGGCCACCAAGGAUCAGUCAACUCCAUCAAGUUCCACCCCACUGAACAGAUGGCUCUAACAGCCUCAGGAGAUCAGACAGCUCACAUUUGGAGAUACAUGGUGCAGCUGCCAACUCCACAGCCUGUUGCUGAUAUCAGCCAGCAGACGCCCUGCGAAGACGACGUUGACUUUUCAGACAAAGACGAGGCCGACGGCGAGGUCGAAGGCCCGAAUGACUGCCCCUCCAUCCGGAUGGCAACCACAACCCUCCGCAGCCAUCAGGGCGUGGUGAUCGCUGCUGAUUGGCUGGUGGGGGGUAAACAGGUUGUGACGGCCUCAUGGGACCGAGCCGCCAAUUUGUAUGAUGUGGAGACAUCAGAGCUGGUCCACUCACUUACUGGCCAUGACCAGGAGCUGACCCACUGCUGCACACAUCCCACCCAGCGCCUGGUGGUCACCUCGUCCAGAGACACCACCUUCAGGCUGUGGGACUUCAGAGACCCGUCCAUCCACUCUGUCAACGUGUUCCAGGGACACACAGACACGGUGACGUCUGCUGUGUUCACGGUCGGAGACAACGUGGUGUCUGGGAGCGACGAUCGAACCGUCAAAGUGUGGGACCUGAAGAACAUGAGGUCACCCAUAGCAACCAUCCGAACUGAUUCUGCUGUCAACAGGAUCAGCGUGUCGGUGAACCAGAAAAUCAUCGCUCUUCCUCACGACAAUCGGCAGGUCCGGCUGUUCGACAUGUCCGGAGUGCGACUGGCUCGACUCCCACGCAGCAACAGACAGGGUCACCGGCGGAUGGUUUGCUGCUCUGCCUGGUGUGAAGAAAACAACACCUGCAACCUGUUUACCUGCGGCUUCGACCGGCAGGCCAUCGGCUGGAACAUCAACAUCCCCGUCCUGCUGCAGGAGAAAUGACCUCCUCACUCCGUCACCUUACAGAGAAACUCCACCCAAAGUCUGUCUCGAGGAUCAGACCCUCAGGUUUAAAAGGCGGCUGUACAAAGUUUACUUUGGUCAGUUAGGUUUAACAACACAUACUGACUCUUACCAGCUGUCUUUUGAGCCUUUGGAGGGUUGUCGUUUGUCACUCAAUGGUUCCUGAGUUUAGGAAAUAGAAAAAGGACCCGCGCUUGCUGUCUGCUGCAUCUGUCGCUCUCUAAAUCACCACCGCCGGUAUUCACUGAACACAUUUUUGUGUUUCUAGCGUGGAGGAAAACAAACACUGUCUACCACUGAUGGGACAAAAAGCACAGAGACAUAACUAAAGAUGUUCUUCUUUGUUGAAAACAAAAUUGCAUUUUGCUGAUGCUAAAGAAUUAGAGAAUGAAGCUCUGCAUAUUCUGCUUGAUGCUGAUGACAUCUAAGCUUUGGUGCUGACACCUGGCACAUGUUUAAAAAAGGACAGCAGUCUUUAAAGGAAAAGUCCACAAGUUUCAUGUAGUCUCUUCUGGUUAGUACAUUUCUAGAGUUAAUCUGCAACCACUUGUGAUUUACUUUCUGCUUCCUCUGAUUUCUAACAUUAAACUGUUUUCCACUGCAGGAAGUUUAGGUUUGAACCUUUGUACAAGUUCUGACCACUAAAACCGUCCCUGUAGACCCUACUUCAGGGGAGAGCAGAGUUCCUACUCCACUGUAGGUGCUUCUGAGCUGCCCUGAAAACUACUGCAUGAGGCUGAUUAGUGAAACUCAGAAAAGAUAAUAAGGACCAAAGUUCUCCCAAACAUCGCCACCUUUAGUGUAAAAAUGACCAUACAGGUUUAAAUGAGAAACCUCCAUUGUUCUGUUUCCUACAGAUAACUGGAGUUAUGUCCGGUAGCUAUUUGUUGUUUUGGUUCACUCUAAGUUAACGUCGCUGUUGAAGCAGCUGCAAUAGAAGCAGAGAUUCUGUAAAUGUUAACCCUCGCCCAGCUGCCCUGAGUUCCUGCAGUAGAAAGACGGCUGGUAAUAACAGCUCAGUGAAGACAACUACAGGAAUUUUCUGCAUCUAGAAAUAACUUGACACAGCAUACAUUUCCUAACUUGUUAGGCCAGUUAUCAUCACAGCAUUAAACUGUACUUUUCAUUCGGAAUUUCAUUCCCAAUUUUUUGUCUUUUUGGCACCUGAGAGUUGUUGCCUAAUAUAUUAAUAUAUUCCUAUUAAUAUCUAUAAUAUAUGUGACAUUGAAGAAACUAAUCAUCCUUAUCAGUGUCACUGUUUUUUUUGUGUUGUCAUGUGACAGAUAAUCACAUUUUAGAAUGAAGCUCUUGUUUGUCAAAGCUGAGUUCUACAGUCGGACCUUUUUACAAAGAACCGAUUGCUGUUUACAGUUUUCUUUUAGCUGCUGUUGCAGAAAAAAAUAACAAAUUUGCAGGUGAGGUUUGCUAAUGAGUCUUUGCUGGACUUGUUGACACAUGAACAAAAGGAGUUUGGUGGUUCUGUUGUGCAGUAAAGAUCAAGGCAGGCUGGUGACGCUGACAGUGGAGCUGUGUUUGAACCAAAGCUUUUCUCCACUGUGACGUUGUUGAGUUGCUUUAUGCUCUCUGAAAACAAAGCUACAUGUUAUCAGACUGAACCUGAACAUUCAGAUGCAGACGGAUGUUUUAUUCGGUCAGUCAAUUAAAAGUCAAAAGUUUUCACCAGUUUGAAGAAGGUUAUCCACAAAUCCUAAACAAAAGUUUUAGCUCACAAAUGAGUAGAAAUGUAAAAAUUCUACUAAUCACCUUUUAAACUGCUGCUUCCACUAACGUGCUGUGAUCUGUCUGCACAAACAGAACUCCUGCGACUGAAAUGACCACGUUAUGAAUAAAUAUGUGGAGACCUUUAAA